UAAAUCAUAAGAAUGUUCUUCGACAGCUGCCGUAGUUGGCGUGUGGAAUGUGCUGUUUGUUGCUAGGCAACCUGGACCGCGUAGUCUGUUUUCUGUUUGGCGCAAUGGCUGAAAGAAAGUCGAAGAAAACGGUUUCGUGCCUCGUUUCGCAGAUCAACAAACGUCCCAACUCAACAAGUAAGGCUGAGAGACCCAAAAAGGUAGAAUUUAGACAGCAGGUGAAGUCUGCCUGUGGGUUCACAAGACAACACACAGAUGACAUUUUUGCUAAGGAAGAGAAAUACAAACUCUUAAAUGCAGAGCUGGAAGCCAAAACUGCAGAUAUAGUGCGCCAAGCAGAUGAACUUAUGAAGAAAGAAGAAAAAGACAUUCUGUCAAAGCCCUUGUCCAAUGUGCUGCUGUUAGAUAGUGAAGACCAAGACUAUUCCAGUUUCAGCACAAGAAAACCCAAACCAAAUGCUGCGCAAGAUACUGAGGUUAAGGUGGUAACCAAAAAGAAGGUUGUGCCAACAGCCCAAAGACACGUGUCUGGAGGAAAACAAAGAAAGAUGCAUCACAAUAACACUGUAAGCUCCAAGACGACAUGUACAGAUGAUUUUGCCGCUCUAGCUGAUGAGGCCGAAUCUUUCAUGGCAAAGGCUGUUCAGAGCAUGGAAGAGAAAAUGAGCAAGCCUGUUGUUCAUGACAGCGUUGAGGAGGAUGUACCUGCUCCUGAAGACAAUGGAGGAUCAGGUGAUUCAGAGGCUCAAACGCGAGUACUGAAGGCUACACUUCGAAUUAUGCAAGAAGAACUUGAUCAACUCUCAUGUGAAUAUUAUAAAAGGGAUGAUGAAAAUGUAAAACUGAGAGCGAAACUUAAGGAAGUGGAGGAGGAUCGAGCCCGAAUGCAGAAGACCACAAAAAUCCAGCAAACUCUGAUUGAGAAGCACCGAAUUUUAGCUGAAGAGUCUGCUAAAAAAUCUGACGGUCUUCAGUUGCAAGUUUCUGCUUUACAAAAAGAAAUAGAAAACCUGAACAGAUCUCAAAAGCAAGCAGCAGCCGUCCACAUCACUGUGGAAGUUCGCUUGAACAGAGCUCUGGAGGAAGUGGAGAAGUUAAGGUCAGAGCUAGACAAGACCAAAAAGAUCAACAAGGACCAGAUAAGCAAAGAACUUCAAAGUAAAGAAAAUCUACUCGCUGAAAACAAAAUGCUUAAGAAGCAGAAAUUGGAAAUUAUUGUUGGUUUCAAGAAACAACUGAAGCUGAUUGACAUUCUCGAAAGACAAAAGAUGCAUCUCGAAGCUGCCAAGCUGCUGUCCUUCACAGAAGAUUAAUUCAUGAAAGCUCUUGACUGGUGAAAAUCAUGAAUAUGUUCUUUUAGUUUGAAGAAAUGAUGACUUAUUAGGGUUUGAAAACUUCUUUGUGACAAUAACUUUGUAUGUCGUGGAGUAGAGUACCUUAGAGGUCAGUCACUGACAGGUUGUUCUCUCUUACACAGAUUCAUUCACCAGGUAUUUUUGUUGAUUUUAUUGAAGAUGCUUAUCAAACAAGCAGUGUCUUGAUUACUGAAUGCAAAAAAAAAAAAAAAGACAUUGAAGCAGAUAUUAAAAAUAAUU